AUGGCGGUAGCGAAGCUGCUUCUCCCGUCGUCUCUCAAUCUCCCAUCCAAAUUGAAAAUCACCAGAGUAUCUCCCUCUCUUCAUAAUCAACCAUGGAGUUUAAAGAAGAAGAAGCGACGGCAUCCACCUGGGGAUUUCCUCCUCGCUUCACGAGACUGCAACAAUCGCCGUUCAAACCCCUCUGUUUGUGCUUGCAGACGCCGCCGUCUUUGGUCCCUUAUCAAACGCUCUGUUAAAUCCAAGGUUGUGCAAAAGACAUUCGUAGAGGAACUAAAGGAAGGAAAAAAGAAGGAACCUAACCAGAUCGCCGGAGAAAUUCUCUCCUUCUUCACUCGCAACAACUUCUCAGUGCUAGAUAAAGGAGAGACAAUCACGUUCGAAGGCACGAUGGUUCCGAGCAGAGGGCAAGCGGCGCUGCUUACGUUUUGCACCUGUAUCAGCCUCGGAAGUGUGGCUCUCGUGCUUACCAUCACCGUUCCAGACGUCGGCAACAAUUGGUUCGGCCUCAUCGUUUUCAGCCCAUUGGCUGGAGCGUAUUACUGGAAGCGAGCAUCGAGAAAGGAGCAGAUUAAGGUGAAGAUGAUGGUGGCGGAAGACGGGACGCUGUCGGAGAUUGUGGUUCAAGGGGACGAUCAGCAAGUUGAGCAGAUGAGGAAGGAGUUGCAGUUGAGUGAGAAAGGCAUGGUUUACGUUAAAGGCAUCUUUGAGAGAUGAUGAGAUUCCGUAUUUUUGCUAUCUUUUUUAUUCAAACUAAAACUGUAAAACAUUACUUCUAAACACCGGCUUAAUACACAAGAGU